AUGUGGAGGCUCCCAAGGACAUUAAUGAAGGUAGCUGGUAAGAAGACUUCUCAGCACAAGACAAGAGUGGCUGGUGUGGAGACUUCUUAUCCCAAGGCAUUGAUGAGGGUAGCUGGUGUGAAGACUUCUUAUCCUAAGGCAUUGAUGAGGGUGGCUAGCAAGGGAGGUAGCGAGCUUCCUACUUGUCUAUUUAAGUAG